AUGUGUCAGAACGUCUUGCCUUCCAAACGACACAUCAAAGAUACUGAUGAUAAUUUUUUAAGCAACUCAAUGGUGUCAUGUGAAAAGAUAAAAAUGACAGACUCGUCUAGAGAACCGAUACCUAUACAGAAGAUUAGCACUUCACUUAAUGCUUCGACACCAGAGGCAACUUCAAAACCACAGCCUUUAGACUGUAACAGUGAUGACGAUUGCGAUGACUAUAAUGAACAGAAGAUCUUGAACAACGUUAAUGAUGUAUCUUAUAACAUGCUGUCAUCAUCAUUAUCAAACUUGAAGAUAUCUUGUGAAGAUAGUGGAUCGUUGCAGAAUGAGAGGGAGGUUGAGUCGCUGACCUAUGUGAACACGCUGCUGAACAGGCAGAGAGUGGCUAAAAUAACAUUUCGUGAUGAAAAAGCUAUCAAAGAUGACAGCACUUCAAUAAAUCAUUUGGAAGUACCAUCAAAGCCGCCAUCUAAGUUGAAGUGGAAGGGAAAUUUGGUUCAUGUGCUUGAUGAUGCUGAUGAUUCGAAUUCACCCAACAAAAAAUGUAAAGAAGAAUUUAAUAGUGGUACAAGAAGCCUCCAUUCUCCUGCUCCGCUCAGGAAUUUUAAAUCCAUCAUUAACUUAGUGGAUGGCCUCAUAACAAUAAGGAUCAGUACAAACGACUGA